ACGCGAAUUUCCCCCAGGGGAUGAAUAAACUAUUUUUCUCUUCUUCUUCUUCUUCUUUUUUUUUUUUUUAAUUUACAGUCGGGACGUGUAGUGAGUACCUCCCGCCGCACGGGGGCGCAGUCAAGGAGCAGUCUAUUUACCGAAACACGGAAACUGUUUUGUUUAUUAGAGGCUGCAUCCGGUUGGUCACAUCUCUUCUGUAUUUCCAGAUGCUCCGGUGAUAUUUCUACUGAAACCCCGUCUUUAUAUUUAGUGCGCUGCCUUAAACUAUCAAACUAACUUUUCCGCACGCGUUGCUAGGAGCGCUCGGAGCAGUUUAACUUUGUUGCGGCUAUUAGCUAGCACGGUUAGCCUGCUGCUCUGUAACCGGAGCUCCCACAGAGUUUUUAAUUCCUGCGUAUUUUCCUCGUCUGUCUCAAACACUUGGCGGUCAUCAUGGCGAGUGAAAACGCAGAGACCAACGCGGGGAACGACGAAGAAGCUGGUCCUUCACCGGACUCAAACGAGCACGACUACGCGCACGCUGUGGACGGUGACCUUACUUCAACCGAGGCGCCCGCCUCCCGCACACCGGUCGAGCCUGAACGGGGCGUCCCGGUGCAGCCGGUGGAGCUUCCGGACCCAAUCGUAGGGGCAGAGGUGGACUGCCCCGGGAGGAAUAAUGCAGAUGCUGAGACAGAAGCGAACCCCCAACAUCUAACAAUCCCUGAAGUUGCCGCACACGCGUCCACCGCUCCGCCGCGCGUUGGUCGCCGUCGCUCGAAGCGGCCGGAGGACAACAACUGCUCCUGCUGCAGGCUGGAGUUUGAGCGGCAGGGCCGGUCAUUCAACCGGCGGGCGGUGUACACCUUCACCACGCCCGAGACGGUACAGUGGGCUUUCCCCGGAGCGGUGGUCCACGACAAGUCUUUCCUGUGCGAGACCUGCGCCCAGGUCAUCAGGAGCAAAUGUAAGCGCAAGCAGAGCGGGAAGCGGUCUCUGUGGCUGAAGCCGCCUGCGACCAAACAGGUGAGAGACAAGAAGAUGAUGGGCCGCAGGAUGGGGAAGAAAAGCAAAGCCGCGCUGCUCGUGAGCAAGUCCAGCUACAAGGCUGCUUUCCAGAUGCUCUGGUCGGCUAAAGGUGCUCGGAAGCCGAUGAUGGAGUUCUGGAGGAAACAGCUGAAAGAAGAGAUGAAGGUGCUGUCACGGUUGCCCGACAGUCCCUUCCACCAGAAAGUGUCGGGCAGGAAACCGCUGUCGUCCUUCCCCUGGCGGCGAUGUCUGAACUGGGCCCAGGACAAAGCCCCGCUCGUCGUCACCUGUCUCCGCUCACUGUUCCCCGACGUCAACGCGCUCUACAAAAGCAACCAUCAGCUGACGGAGGAGCAGGCCUUCACGCUCCUGGAACGCCGGGCCGUGGUGGCGCUUUCCAUCCCGCUCUUCACCAGGAACAUCUGGAAGAACAACUUCCUGCAGGCCGCCCUGGGGGCCGAGCUGCGGCUGCAGGGCUGCUCCGGCACUGCCCUCGACAUCCUGAACACCAUGGGGCUGUGCCAGAACAAAGACACCGUCAGGUUACUGCUGCACCGGUUGCGAAACGGCAAGGACAUGACAUCACAAGAUGGAGAACUGGGUUCGCUUAAACAGGAACAAAUGAAAGAAGGGAUGGGAGAAGUGAUGACGGACGUGGAGGAUGCAGAUACUGAAGAGGAGGAGGAGGAGGAAGAAGAAGAUGACGAGGAUGAGGAGGAGGAAGAAGAGGAGGAGGAAGAGGAAAUGGUGAUGGCAGAAGAGGAAGAAGUGGAAGAGCAAGAAGUGCAGGAUGGGGUGCAAGAAGAAGAAGAGGACGAGGAGGAAGUAGAUCACGCAGCGGAGGAGAAAGUGGAGAAGAAGAGGAGGAAGAAGAAGGCGAAGAAGCAGAAGAAGGAGAGAGGGAAGCGGAAAGCAAAGGAGAGAGAGGUGGAGGAGGAUGAUGAGGACGAAGAAGGGUCGGAGGAGAAGAAGAGGAGGGUGGUGGUGGUGAGGCUGGGCCUGCUGAAGGGACACUCGGAGGUCGGACGGUCCGACCUGUCGGCGCUCUGAGAGGACGGGCUCUUCCCCUCGGACUCAACCAGCCCCGCCUCCGAGCAUAGAGCUGCCCGGGGUCCUGCUCUCUGUCCACUGGGUUCAAAGGCAUUCUGGGAAUCGUAGGAGUUCAGUAAGUGCUGAGGGAAACUGACGAGAGCUUUACUUGAAUUUUUUGUUUCUAUUUUAUUAAAGAAAUAAUCAGUUUGAGGCAGAAGUUUGUCCAUUUGAGCCCAGAGAAAGACUGAAUCACUCCAGUGAGACUGAGACCAACAGUAAAACACUCACAGUGGAUUUUCUUUUAACACCUCGCAGUUGUAGGCUUCCCAGAUUCACCGACGCCCUGCUUCCAUAUCUAACGGAGGCGGCUUCAAGAAUAGAUUUUUCUUCACAAGCCACAUUGUUGUCUCAUAAUUUGUCCAAAAAUAUAGAAAAAAACCUAAAGUAAUUUGGUGUCAACUAUACAAGUUAAUCUAUGGGAAUAAUAUUAAAAUCAAGCCACACGUUUCCAGAAGAAAUUAACUCAUUAUGGGAAUAAAGUUGUAAUUAAAGAAGUUAUGAGAGUAAAGGUCUUCAGGAAGAAGUUUGAAUGUUGUGUUAGUAUUAAAAAAAUGAUGAAUGUUUUUUUUCUUUUUUUCAGUUCACUAGGGAAUAUUUUCUGCUCUGUAUUGAGGAGAAAAUAAAUAGUAAUCACACUUUUAAAAACUGCAUUUAAAGGCUCCUGCGCCUUAAAUCACAUCCAGUAAUAGACUCACACACAUCAUCCAAUUAGUUUCAUGUCUGUGACUUUAAGAAUUCAUGAAUGAACGUUCUCAAAACCGUCACAGACUUAAGCGUAUUCACAUAAAAGUAGGACUUUAUAUCAAAAUGUUGCAGCUUGUGUCCUGUAAACUUUACUCUCAUAACACUGAGGUCUUUUUCCUGUUGAAUAACCGCUGUUACCCCCCUCGUAAUAUUAUUCAUUUGUUGUUGUCUAUAUUACUGCUUGUCCUCUAGAGGCACCAGCUUAUUCUGAGUCUGCAAGUGUGAGGCAAACACAAAUAAACAUCGAGACGACGUUGGUACUUCAAACUCUAGAUCGCAAAAAGUAUGAAGGGAUAAACACCUCAUUUAAAUGUUGAAAAGUUAGGAGGUGAAAAGGUUACGUUUUGUUUUUUGUUUGUUGUUUAAGCUAAUAGCUCCUCUAGUUUGGGUUCGCGGACAGGAAGUCACAGGAAUAUAAAACAGCUUGAUUUUAUUUUAUUUUAUUUUAUACAGAACACUGUGAUGACUGAACUGUCGGGGCCGUUUCAGUGAACUGUGUGAAAAAAGGACCUGGUGUUUAUGGCAUUGCUUGUUCUACCUGUUUGUUGGCUUUAGCACACCCCACAAAAGAGAUUGAAGACUCGGUAUGCUUUGCUUGAUGCAUCCUUUGUGCCUCUUGCGUUCGUGUCAAAGAACAAUUGGUGCGUUAAGACAGUUGCAGGUUUGUUCACAUGCUGCAACAUGGCAAUUGAAACAGAUGGAAGUGCACGUGUGUUUGGUUUCCGGGAGCCAUGUAUUAAAAAAAAUAAUCCUUAUAGGGGGCGAUUAAUUCAUGAGCUCUUCAGGGAAAAUGCCAAAAAUGUUCAGUCUAAGAAUUAAGAACUUUUCUUUUUCCCCUUCAUUUUAUGGUCCAUAACUUCAGCGUGAUUCACUCAUAAUUUCUUUAAAAAAAAGUUUUAUUUGGUACCAAUUCUAGUUGUUUUUGUUUGCUUUGAUUUACUAUCUUUUAGUAAAAGCACAGCAAGUCGGCUAAUAUUCAUUUCUAGUUCUGUGACUAUAAUUGGUACCAGUUUAAUUCUUUCUGAGAUUAUUACAAAAUCAAUGGCCCACAGUUUAAACAGCCUUUCUGUUGUGUACGCUGAAAUAUCUCAUUGUUUGUCUGAACCUUUCUCUCCCAUGGUCAGAACAAAGAUGGACCAGUAGACUGUAAUAUACUUUUAGUUAUGAGGAUUUUUUUUUUGUUUUUCCUGUUUUCGAGUUUCUUUCAGUGGUAAAUGUUUUUUUUUUAUUUUCUAUGUCUUGAGUUCAGGAUGACUGUGAUGCUGUGUUGCGAGUCUGGUGCAGAACAUCAGAGUCGGGCUGAAAAAACGAAGUCCACCAUUAAAAAUGUUUAAGGGUU